AAGAGAGAGAGAGCAAUAAUUCACUUUUAAGUAUCCCUUUGCCAGCCCGUCAAACGUCUCCAUUUCUCAUCUCUUACAGCUCCUCGCUAUCAUCGUCUGCUUUGCACAGAGAAAGAGAAAGCGAGAAAGCGAGAAAGCGAAACAAGAGAUCUCAGCAACCCAAAUAUAGUUUUUUGGUUUGGGUUGUCAGAGUUUUAGAAAUCAGAAGGUACAAGUGAAAAGAGCAUCUCUUUAGUCUGAUAAGGGAAAGGAGUCGAGAAAGUUUCCACACAAUGGCUAGCUCUACAAAAGUUCUGGAUCCUGCAUUUCAGGGAGUUGGUCAGAGAGUAGGGACUGAAAUUUGGCGGAUUGAGAACUUUCAGCCAGUUCUGUUGCCAAAACCUGAACAUGGUAAAUUCUACAUGGGGGAUAGUUACAUUGUUCUGCAGACUUCUUCUGGAAAAGGAGGUUCUUAUCUAUAUGACAUUCACUUUUGGAUUGGAAAGGAUACAACUCAGGAUGAAGCUGGAACUGCGGCAAUAAAGACAGUUGAACUUGAUGCAGCCCUUGGAGGGCGGGCAGUUCAGCACAGAGAACUCCAAGGGCAUGAGUCGGACAAGUUUUUGUCAUACUUUAAACCAUGCAUUAUCCCAUUAGAGGGGGGUGUUGCUUCUGGAUUCAAGACACCUGAGGAAGAAAAGUUUGAAACGCGACUCUAUGUUUGCAAGGGGAAACGAAAUAUCAAAUUGAAGCAGGUUCCAUUUGCCCGCUCUUCACUCAAUCAUGACGAUGUGUUUAUCCUGGAUACUGAGAAUAAGAUUUAUCAGUUUAAUGGUGCAAAUUCCAAUAUCCAAGAAAGAGCCAAGGCUUUGGAAGUGAUUCAGUAUUUCAAGGAAAAGUAUCAUGAGGGGAAAUGUGAUGUGGCAAUUGUUGAUGAUGGAAAGCUGCAGGCUGAAUCAGAUUCAGGUGAAUUCUGGGUCCUCUUUGGAGGUUUUGCACCAAUUGGAAAAAAGCCUCCCAGUGAAGAUGAUGUUAUUCUGGAGAAAACUCCUGGGAAACUUUAUAGCAUUACAGAUGGUGAGUUGAAGGUGGUAGAAGGUGAUCUUUCUAAAUCUAUGUUGGAGAACAACAAAUGCUAUCUACUGGACUCUGGUGCUGAGGUGUUUAUUUGGGUUGGCCGGGUAACACAAGUAGAGGAGAGAAAAGCUGCCAGUCAAGCUGCUGAGGAAUUUAUAACUAGUCAAAAUAGGCCAAAGUCAACACGCGUAACCCGCGUUAUUCAAGGGUUUGAGACUCAUUCAUUCAAGUCCGACUUUGAGUCUUGGCCAGUGGGGACAGCAGCCUCUGGUGCUGAGGAAGGAGGAAGAGGAAAAGUAGCAGCUCUUUUGAAGCAACAAGGCCUUGGUCUCAAGGGAAUUGCGAAAGGCACUACUCCUGUAAAUGAAGAUAUCCCACCGUUGCUUGAAAGUGGUGGUAAAACUGAGGUAUGGCGCAUCAAUGGCAGUGCCAAGACGCCAGUUCCAAAAGAAGAAAUCGGUAAAUUUUACAGUGGAGAUUGCUACAUUGUACUUUAUACAUACCACUCCGGUGAUAAGAAAGAGGAAUACUUCUUGUGUUGUUGGAUGGGGAAAGAUAGUAUUCAGGAGGACCAAAUGAUGGCUACUAGGUUAGCUAAUACAAUGUCCAACUCAUUAAAAGGGAGACCCGUUCAGGGCCGCAUUUUUGAGGGAAAAGAGCCACCACAAUUAAUUGCGCUCUUUCAACCUUUGGUUGUCCUUAAGGGUGGACUAAGUUCUGGUUACAAGAAAAACCUGGAGGAGAAAGGUCUGAAUGAUGAAACAUAUACUGCUGAUGGUGUUGCACUUAUUCGUAUCUCUGGAACAUCUGUGCAUAACAAUAAAGCAGUUCAAGUUGAUGCAGUGGCAGCAUCACUAAGCUCUGAUGACUGUUUCCUUUUGCAAUCUGGCUCUUCAAGUUUCAGCUGGCAUGGAAAUCAAAGUACCUUCGAGCAGCAACAGUUGGUCGCUAAAGUGGGAGAGUUCUUGAAGCCAGGAGUUACCUUGAAACAUGCUAAGGAGGGAACUGAGAGCUCGACCUUCUGGUCUCCUCUGGGAGGGAAGCAAAGUUACACAAGCAAAAAAGUGACACAAGAGACUGUUAGGGAUCCUCACUUGUACACUUUCUCAUUCAAUAAUGGAAAGUUUGAGGUAUCUGAAGUUUACAACUUCUCUCAAGAUGAUCUGUUGACUGAGGAUAUGCUGAUACUUGACACACAUGCUGAGGUCUUUGUUUGGGUUGGCCAGAGUGUGGAUUCGAGAGAAAAGCAAAAGGCUUUUGAAUUUGGCCAGGCAUACAUAGAGAUGGCCACAAAUCUGGAAGGGUUAUCUCCCGAUUUGCCACUGUACAAGGUCACAGAAGGCAAUGAGCCAUGCUUCUUCACAACAUACUUUUCGUGGGAUUCUUCCAAAGCUACUGUAUGUGCUGUGAUUAAGGAACUUCAAUGCUUUGCUUUAUCUUGAGGUCUUUCUGGUUAA